AUGGCAAAGGGAGGAUUUAAUCUUCGUAAGUUUAAAUCUAAUAACACCAACGUGAUUAAAGAAUUCCUAGAUGAAGAAGAGGCUGCAAACUUAGAAACUGAAGUUAAGGCUCUUGAAGUGCAAGAUUUCAGUUCAAUGAAAGGAAUAGAAUGGUCUUUCAUUCCUCCAUAUGCACCUCAUUUCGGAGGACUGUGGGAAGCUGCUAUUAAAAGUACUAAACAAUUGCUAGUGAAAGUGUCCGGUUCUGCGCUUCUCAACUUUGAGGAGUUUUACACGCUCCUUCUUCAAAUAGAGGCCUGCCUCAACUCCAGACCUCUUACAGCAUUAUCAUCCGACCCAUCUGACCUCAGUGCCCUGACUCCAGCUCAUUUUCUUGUUGGGGGUCCCAUUCACCAAUUUCCUGAGCCAAGUACUUCAUCUAGAGCUUCUUCUCUCUCUGAGAGAUGGAAGCUCAUUCAGAGACUUCGCCUGGAUUUCUGGAACCACUGGUCAAGAGAUUAUCUUCAUACUCUUCAACCUCGCUCCAAGUGGUGGAAGGAGCAGCCAAAUUUGAAGAACAUCAAGAAUCAAAUAAUGACUACAAAUGUAUGGGUUGAACAGGAAUGGAACGACUAUAAACUUCGCUGGGAGCCGGAGGAAUACGGAGGAGUUUCGAAGCUUCACGUGCCUGCUGAGCAAAUCUGGCUUCCAGAUAUAGUGCUCUACAAUAAGUAA